AUCAGCACAGGAUGAUAAUAAUCUAUACUAUAAGUUGAUUGAUAUUAUAUAAUUUGCUAAAAAAGUGAAAACAUGGAUAUUGAAACAGAAAAUGUUAUAAAUCUAGUGUUUCCGAAAGGUAUUCCAGAAUCGUGGAAAGAAAAUCCUGAUUUCUACCAAUAUCUCUCAAAGCUUGGUGGCUUUGAUAUAGAUCAACUAAGCAAAGAACCUGGUCAUUUAUCGGAUGAAAAGAAUGCAGUAUUGCAUACUACGCAGGAGUUGGUUUUUGCUAACUACAAAACCUUCAUCCAGACAGCAGAAAGCUCACGGGAAAUAUUAAAUCAUUUUAAUGAGACUGAAAGUCGACUCGAUAAGCUUGUGCAAAAGAUACCCGAAUUUGUGGAAAAAUGUCAAUCAUUUUGCGACACCUCAAAAGACAUUAAUGCGCACAGAAGAUUAAAUAGUUUGACUCUAACACGCAAUGCGGAGCUACUCGAGAUCCUAGAGAUGCCACAAUUGAUGGAGUCAUGCUUAAGGAGCAAUCAAUACAACGAGGCAUUGGAAUUAUCUCAGUAUGCACGUCAGUUAGGCAUGAAACACGGAGACAUCCCUAUUAUCUCGUCUAUAGUGGCAGAGAUUGAAAGCAGCUGGUCGGGAAUGGUAGGACAAGUGGUCGGGUCUUUGAGAGGCGAUCUACCGCUUCCGAGGUGUCUUCAGCUCGUGGGAUUGCUACGUUCUAUGGACGCGUUCACGGAGCCGGAGCUUCGUAUUAAGUUUCUGCAAGCGCGAGACAGUUGGCUUCAAGGCUUGCUAAACGCGAUACCGAAGGAAGAUCCCAACCUUCAUAUCGCCAAAACGAUAGAGCUAUCCAGGAUACAUCUGUUCAACAUCAUCACUCAGUACAAAGCCAUGUUCAAUGACGAUGAAAUCGUUCCUGGCCACGAUUUGACGCUAAAUGAAUCUGCGAUAUUUUACCAUUGGCUAGAGGAGAAGAUAUCGCAAUUUCUCGCCACAUUGGAGCAAGAUCUACCGGGUGUGGCGUCUAUAGAUUCCAUUCUCGGCCAAUGCACAUACUUCGGAUUGUCGUUCGGUCGAGUGGGUGUCGAUUUCACUGGCCGAAUGUCCGAUAUAUUCGUGCGAGUUAUCGGCGAGAAAUUCGAGCAGAACGUUCGUAGGACGACCAGGAAAUUCGAGAAGGACAUGGAGACGUUCACGUUAAUCAACAAGACGCAGCGGUUCGACAUCAAGACCGAGAUUUCCAUUAACUCUGAAAAUCCGCCCGAGCAGCUGGUGGAGUUCUACCCUUUGGCCGAGUAUUGCAACGGAAUAGUAUCAGCAUUCAACGAACUGCGACUCUGCGCGCCAGUGGCACUCUCCACCUUGUGCACGAAACUACUGCAAGAGUCCCUGCACAACGUAGCCAGAGCUAUGCUGCUAUUCUACAAGCAAGAGCAGCAAGCUUUUGCGAUUGCGGAACGGGAGAACAUGGUGAAGUUCACGGAAUGUUUGAGCGAACAGUUGAUUCCCUAUAUACAGUACUGCAUACACGCGAUCUUCCCGCCCACUCAGAUCGCGACGCACUUAGGAAUAUCCGUCGGUAUGCUCCAGAAAGAGGAGAUCACAUACUUAAACAAGCAAGCCAUAUUGGAACCCGUGGCUGUAUUGUUACCCAUCAAGGAUUUCCUGGUCUCCAAACUGGUGACGCCCAACGUACAACCGGCUCCUUCUCUCACCACAGCAUCUGUACCAUCAAUAGUCUCUUCGGAAGAGUCGAAGGAACGAGCAACUGUCGCCACACGCGACAAUACCGAAACAUGAUGAACAAAAUUCGCAAAAUUCCAGCGACAAUACAAACCGAUGAAAUAUCCGGUUGUAAAUUUCAGGACACGAUCAUUCACGGCUCAUUGAUAUUGUACUGUAGACUAUGUUAAUAAGGAGAAGAAAUUGCUUUUCACAAA